AUGUCUAGCAAGCGUAUCGCCAAGGUACACACCUCCGAACUCACCGAGGUCACCACCGCCCCUCCGCCGGGCAUGACCGUCGCCCUCGCCCGCGACUCGGACCUGCACACCUGGCACGUCACCCUCCAAGGGCCCGAAAACUCCCCCUACGCCGGCGGCGUCUUCGCCGUCAUCGUCGACCUGCCCAAGGACUACCCCUUCAAGGCCCCCGUCGUCAAGUUCGCCACCCGCGUCUACCACCCCAACAUCACAAACGACUCCCUCGGCAACAUCUGCCUCGGCAUGCUCAAGCCAGAGAACUGGAAGCCCGCCACCAAGCUCGCCGCCGUCCUCGAGGCCCUCCGCUCCCUCCUCGUCGAGCCCCAGCCCGACGACCCCCUCGAGACCCGCAUCGCCGAUGAGUACAAGAACCACCGCGCCGACUUCGAGAAGAACGCGAAGAUCUACGUUUCCCGCUACGCCAAGGGCCCCGCCAACUUUUCCGUCCCCGAGGCCAAGUGA